GAUUUCGUAAGACCCACAGCCGUGAUUCCUAUAUUAACACCUCCAGCCUUCCUCCCGCUCUCAGUUGGUUUUCUCGACAGAGAACGAUCGGAGCUCUCGAGAGGAAAUCGAGGGCUUGCUUUCAAAAUCUCUUCCAAUAUUCUAAUAUUAGAUCUUUCAUGGCGUCUUCGACAGAUCGCAGCAACUUCGUCUACAUUGCCAAGCUGUCUUAUCAAGCCGAGCGCUAUGAAGAUAUGGUGCAUUGCAUGAAGAAAAUCGCGAAGCUCGGCUUUGAAUUGACAGCCGAGGAGAAGAAGCUCCUCACCGUCGGAUACAAGCUGGUCAUCGACGCUAGGAGAGCGUCGUUGCAGGCUCUCUCGUCGAGAGAGAAGGAAGACCGAAAUGGGAACAAGCAUCGGAAGAAGCAGAGAAAGGAGUACCGGAGGAAGGUGGAAUCGGAGCUCACGAGCAUUUGCAACGACAUAGUGGAUGUGAUCGACGAGUAUCUGAUUCCAUCGUCUACGAAUGGAGAAUCUACGGUGUUGUAUUACAAGAUGAAAGGGGAUUACUUUCGGUACCUUGCCGAAUUUAUGACUGGGAAUGAAAGGAAAGAGGCUGCUGAAAAGUCACUGAAAGCAUACGAGAUGGCUUCUACUACAGCAGAGGUGGAGCUCUCCCCUACCCAUCCGAUCAGAUUGAGCUCAGCACUGAAUCUUUCGGUUUUGUAUUGCGAGAUCCUGAACUCCCCAAGAAGGGCUUUCCAACUUGCCAAUCAAACUUUCUGUGAAGCUAUUUCGGAGCUAGAUACCCUCAGUAAAGAAUCUUACGAGGAUAGUACUCAGAUCAUACAACUCCUGAGAGAGAACCUCAGCUUGUGGGCCUACAACAUUCCAGAGGAUAGCAGCAUAUAGAUGAAUUGUUAGAUUAGGAUUUUUUAUGUAUAGAAUUUCUAUUAUCCGUAUUACUUUUAUGGGGACUUUUUGAGCAAAGUUCCUCAAAGAGGCGUGAUUUUACAAAAGAAUGAUUUAAUUAAUAGAAAGUAUCAAGUAUGCUUCUUGGA